ACUCCGCGCCGGACCGCCGCGCGUGCAACAUGCCGCGCCCGAUCGCGCUGUUACUGCUAUGCGCGCUCGUCGCACGCGCAGAAAUAUUAACGCCGCCGUACGUAAACUUAGCACUGGGGAAGAAAAUAACGGCGACUGCGACAUGCGGCGAUGAAGGGCCAGAAUUAUACUGCAAGCUGGUCGGCGCGAAUGCUGACCACGACGAGCACGUGAUACAGGGACAGGUUUGCGACUUUUGCGACGCCAACAACGAUGCCAAGAAGCACCCCCCAGAGUACGCGGUGGACGGUAUGGAGACCUGGUGGCAGAGCCCGCCACUCUCAAGGGGCAUGAAGUACAAUGAAGUUAACCUCACCAUAGACUUGGGGCAGGAGUUUCACGUCGCGUACGUGUUUCUGAAGAUGGGCAACUCUCCCCGACCGGGACUUUGGGCCUUAGAGAAGUCCACUGACUACGGGAAAACAUUCAAACCAUGGCAAUACUUCUCCGAGAGUACGCAGGACUGCGAGAGAUAUUUUGGCAAGGAGAGUCUACAGCCAAUCACAAAAGACGACUCUGUUAUAUGCAGCACCGAGUAUUCUAAGAUUGUGCCUCUCGAAGGCGGAGAGAUUCCAGUGUCAUUAUUGAAUUACCGGCCAUCAGCAAACAAGUACUUUAGCUCGCUGGUGCUGCAAGAAUGGACGCGAGCUACCAAUGUACGCCUGCGACUAUUGAGGACCAAGAAUUUAGGCGGUCACCUCAUGUCGGUAGCCAGACUAGAUCCUACUGUUACGAGACGGUAUUUCUACAGUAUUAAAGACAUCAGUAUCGGUGGUCGGUGUAUGUGUAACGGCCACGCCGACAACUGCUACCCUGCUGAUCCAGAGAGCGACACGAGUAUCCUCGUCUGCCGUUGUCAACACAACACAUGCGGUCCUCAGUGUGCCCAAUGCUGCCCAGGAUUCGAACAAAAGAAAUGGAGAAUAUCCCAGUAUUGGGACAGAUUUGAUUGUGAACCAUGCAACUGCCACAAUCACACGACCGAGUGCGAGUAUGACCCAUCGGUGGACGAGCAACAUCUGUCGCUUGAUAUCAACGGUCGUUACGAAGGAGGAGGAGUGUGUAAGAACUGCCAACAUAACACAGAGGGCAUUAAUUGCAACAAGUGCAGACCUACCUUCUACAGGCCAUAUGGAAAGAAAUGGAACGAGAUCGACGUGUGCCACCCUUGUGAUUGCGACCCACAUUUCUCGACGGGCAAUUGCGAGGAGGAAACUGGAAGGUGCGAAUGUCGCGUCGAAUUCAAUCCUCCUAACUGCGACUCCUGCGCAUACGGAUACUUCGACUACCCCAACUGUAAGCCUUGCACGUGCAACCUUAACGGAACCGAAGGUGCACAAUGUACACCAGACGACGGCAUUUGCCCUUGCAAGUUCAACUACGCCGGCGACUCAUGCAAUACUUGCGCUGAUGGAUACUACUCGCCGAAGUGUAAAAACUGUGAAUGCAACGCCGUGGGCUCCGUAUCUCAGGUGUGCGACAAAAUAUCUGGCAACUGCACGUGCAAGAGUAAAUACGCCGGUCGCACGUGUAACCAGUGCGAGGCAGGAUACUACGACUAUCCGUCCUGCAAACAUUGCAACUGCGACGUGAGCGGCACACAGGCGGCUAUAUGCGAUGACGUCACUGGUCAGUGCAUAUGUAAAACUGGAUUUGGAGGUGCAAGAUGUGACCAAUGUUUGUCUGGCUUCUACAUGGAAGUCCGUGGUCGUGAUCGUCAGUGCGUGCCGUGCGAUUGUUCAUCCACUGGGUCCACGUCCACCAGCUGUUCGGUGGACGGCAAGUGUAAUUGCCUCGCUAACUUCGGUGGGAAACAGUGCAAUCAGUGCUCACCAGGAUACUACAAGUAUCCUGAGUGCUUGCGUGAGUAUUUAACACUGUUAUGUGUUACUAAUUCAUUCAAUAAUAUCUAGGAAGAUAGGCCAGGGAAUUGUCCAUAGCCGCAAAAAUGAGGGCGGUAAAAUUCUUCAACUGUUUUCUUUAAAGAGAAAUGUCGCCUAAAUAUGGCCAAUUUUAAUAUUAAAAAUACCUAGAUCAGGCCUUGUGCUAUAUAUAUUACAGUGAUUCACUUACAAAAUAUAUACAAUUAUUUUUUGGCUUCGUUAGUCAGUAAUAAAGUAAUUAAAGAUGCAUAUUUAAAUACCUUCAAUUGAAAUUAAUUUAUAUAUUCAGAAUUCACCCUCCAAUCCGCAUUGGGCCAGCGUGGAGGGUCAUGGCCCAUCCUCCUUAACCAUCCAUAAGGAAGGCUUGAGCCCCCCCUGCAGUGGGGACGUAAAAGGGCUGGUGAUUCAGAAUUCAUAGUGUGUCCUUUUUAUAUAUACAUAUCUUCAAUUAAAACUAAAUGUCU